AUGCAAGCGUCAUCCCAAGCAAUGUCGGCAUACGCCCAUGCGAGCUUGACGGACAUUGCGCAAUGGGUUGCAUUAGACCAACCACUUUUUGAUACGUUGUUUUCGUUCCAGCAGUGGCCACCGCGACGCACGUUGCAAGGCGUGGACGUGAUCGAGUCGUGGAAGGAACGGUAUCGAACAAGCCAACUAGCACAACACUUUACGUUUGAGCUGCAAGUGGAGCCAACGUCGACGAUGGACGAACUCGUUGCGAUGGCGAGUUACUUGCCGGACAAAAUGUCCUGGUCUCAGGCACGGGCGAUACUGGACGAAUUUUGCUUCACCUUGACCAGCCUUUGCGAUUCUCCGUCGACGUCGUUGACUUUGUGGACGCUCAGCUCCCAUCAGGUGACUGCCAUCAACAGCGCUUCAUUUGGCCCCGAGCUGGAACAACCGUUCGAGUUGCUGCACCACGCGUUCGAAGCCCGGGCGUUGGAGCACCCCGACCUCCGAGCGGUCGAGUUUGAUGGGCAAUGGUUGUCCUACGGCGACUUGAACGCCCAAGCCAACGCGGUUGCACGUCAGUUGGCUGCUCUCAACGUCGGUGUUGGCAGUCGCGUGGCUGUCAUCAUGUCGCGGUGUCUGGAGUUUCCCAUCGGGUUGCUGGCGACUCUCAAAGUGGGCGGCUCUAUGAUGCCUCUCGACGUGGCCUUUCCUGCCAAGCGUCUGGACAUGAUGCUGGCAGAUGCCGGAGUGCGGGUUGUGGUGUCGACGAUGCGCCACGAGGAAGCGAUCCAAGGAUGA